AUGAGCUCUUCAGAUCUCAUCCAGGAGGACGACUACGUCUUCAUCAGCGGCGGAGGAUCGAACAAGAUUGUGCAGGUCAAAAAGGAUGUGACGGUGCGCCUCGGGCGAUCUGGUGCAGCACUCGCCACGACGCUGAUUGGCAUGCGCUACGGUGGCGUGUGCCACCUCGACCACGCUCGAAAGACGUUCGUGGAGAGCGACGAGUACCCGGAUCUGGACAUCACCGAGGUCGGGGAUGGCGAGGAGGUGAAGGACAAUCGCGACUUGGUGGACGACAACACGAAUCAGCAACUCUCCAACGACGAGGUAGCCGCGAUUCGCCGCGAGAAAGGCCUCGACGAGCUCCUCCAAACAUUAGUGGAAAAGAGUGCCAGCUACCGCACCAAAACUAACUUUGCGCAGGAGAAGUACCUCAAAAGGAAGCAGAAGAAGUACGGCACCCUCUUCAAGGUGGAGCGCGUGACCGCCGACAACCUGGCGGAGCUCUACGUCCCCACCAUCAACCCCUCCGAGAACAUCUGUGACGACGCGCGGUGCCUUCGUCUGCGCACCGACACGGUGGCUCUGAUUCUGCAUCAUAGCGACGUGCACCACAACAGUCGUGUUCUUUUGUACGAGAAGACGAACGGUGUGCUGCCGGCAAGCCUACUCACCCGCAUGUCGGACGAGGGCCGCAUCUUCCAGAUCCUAGACAAGAACGCGCAGCCGAACCCCACGACUGCCAUCAAGGUGCUGAAGCUCCCCCUCGUCAAGGAGCGGUGGAAGUCGGUGCCCCGCAACCCUGGAUUUAUUGAAGGGUUGGAAGAAGCGGACAAGGAGUCGGCGAGGGGCACCGCUGAGGCGGCUGAGAAGACCACCGACGGCGCUGCCGCAGGGAAGGGGCUGCAGCGUCAAGACAUCUGUGCUAGUGCGACGCAGUGGGUGAAGGGGCUCGAGGCGCGGCAGCUUCUGCUCGAGAGUCCGGCGGACUCCCUUGUCAUCUGUGACGACGAGGCGCCGCAACGCGCCGUGGCGGACCUGUUCCCCUUCCUGGCGUUUGGUGGCCACAUUGUCGUCUACAGCCCGUUCCCUGAGGAUCUCACCGGCAUCUUCCUUGCGCUGCGCAACGACUGUGUGAACCUUCAAAUAUCCGAAACGUGGUACCGCCAUCACCAAGUGCUGCCAAAGCGCACCCACCCCACAGUGAACAUGAGCACAGCGGCUGGGUAUCUUCUCACGGCGAUCAAGGUGUGCCGGAACCCCGCGACACCGCGGUCGGCUGUGAUGUUAACGGCACCUGCUCUAUCAGCCACGGCGCACGCAGGUCACAAGAGGUCAGCUACCGAGGAGCUCGACGGCAUGGCUUCGAAGAAGCCGGCGAACGUGGAAGCCUCGGACGAGGAAAACGGCAACUGA